GUGAUGCAUCGCUUUUCAGUUGUACAGUGACAAGAGAGCGACUCGUUUAGAGCAAAAUUUAUUGUUUUUAAUUUUGUUUUGGGAGUGUUUAAACAGAGACAAUGGAGAGCGACUGUACGGACUGACGCGUAGAAACUAAAUAUAAACAAAGUCACGUGAACAAUUUUCCAUGUGCGUGUUUUAGUGUGCCAUGUGGGAGUAAAUCUUCCCAGGAGGUACCAUGCUUGCCACGCAAAUGCCCGACACUCCUCUGGAGGCUAAAGAUGUCAAACAGAUCAAAGAGAAGUUGAAACUGUCACUCAAGGCUCUGCAGAAACGAUACGUAACCUCAGACGAUGUGGUCACCAGUGACGAUGGAGACGCUAACCUCCUCUGUUGUGCCCUGGAGGCCAUCUUCAUCCAUGGGAUCAAAAACAAGUACAUCCGCACUGAAGCUGGAGGCCGGAGCAGAAAGGCGGACCGGGGACCCCUCCCUCAGCCUUUUUUCUGGAGUCUGCUCAAAACUGUCACCCACCGGGAUAUCAUCACUGAGCUGGAGAAGAUCAGCUUCGUGGGGACAGACGUGGGCCGCUGCCGAGCCUGGCUGCGGCUGGCCCUCAACCACGGCCUUCUGGAGUGCUACCUUGCAUCGCUCUUUCGGGAAGACUCCACGCUGCAAGCCCAUUACCAGCCCUGUGCCUUGCUCCUGAACACUGAAGAGCGAGAAGUUCUGCUCAGCUACCUCCAGGGUCUAGCCUCGCUCACAUUUAACCUGUCUUACAAGUCGGCUGUCCUCAAUGAAUGGACCACCACGCCUCUGGCUCUUGCUGGACUCUGCCCCCUGUCCCAGGCGGAGACACUAGAUCUACCCCUCAAUGGUGACCAUGCCACUUCCAAGCCCACACGUAAGGAAUCCUGGGACACAGCGUCUCAGUCGUCGGGCUCGUCAGAUGCAUUAGAUACGCAGAGAGGAUGUCCAGUGUUCCCUACCAGAGGGUCAGGUGUCUUUCAAGGAGAAAGGACUGCGCUUCACUCAUCUAAUUUAAGCUUGGACACAACAGGGUCAUCUCAGCUCUCCUCCAGCUUGAGCUCUGAUAGCCUCCUGCAGGGGCAGGACCCCCGCAGCCCGACAGGAGAGCAGUGGUCGUCAGGUGACUUGGACACAGCAAUUCAAGUCAGCAUCAGCAACAACAGGCCACAGCAAGACGUGAUAACUGAUUUCCGGGAGAGUGGACACUGCAGUCAAGACUCAAUGCGUGAAGACUCGUUUGUCUCCAGCACAGGAGCCGAUCAGUUCUCAGAAAACGCCACAUUCAGUGGCUCAGACAGUGAGACCCAAGCCCCUGCUUUGCCAUCCCAAUAUUCUGUGGACCAACUCCUAAAUUCCGAUUCAGAGCCACCUCCAUCAUCUCUUGAACUACCAUCCUGUGACGAGCAACCUGGUAUCCAGGCUCCACUUGAAAUCUGCAACAGUACCUCCUCUGAAUUACAUUCGGAGACAACCAUUCUCUCCUUGGUCUGUGAGUCUGUGGAGUCUGUGAAGGAAACACAUGCGACUGAUAUUAAGGAGCGCAGCGUGUCUGUCCAGGAAAUGAAGGGAACAGAUAAUUCAGAGGAACACGACUUGAAAUCUCUUGUGAAUAAAGUCCCUCAGCGUUCUUCCAGCAUCCUCAGCAGGAAAGUGUCCUCAGAUUCACUUUUACACUCACAUUCUUGGAUUUCUGAGGAUGAUAUCUACAAGCCUCAUCUGGAAGAGGUGCCAGACAGUGAUAACGUGUCUCCAUCUGUUCCUACUGAUGAGCUCAGGGCCUCGCAGUCGCCUCCCAGUGUUGUCCAUCGCAGACAAAUGGGGCUGUCCAACCCCUUUCGAGGUUUGCUGAAGCUGGGUCACCUGGAGCGGCGAGGUGCGAUGGGAAUGUGGCGGGAUUACUACUGCGAGCUUUCGCCCUUCGAGUUCCGCCUGUAUCUGAAUGCAGAGGAGAGAAUUUGUUGUGACAACUACUCCCUUUUGCGAUGUGAGGAUGCUCGCAUCACCUCACCAGAGGGCCGCUUUGAGCUGGCCUUUCCCGGGAAACGUUUUCACCUCCGAGCUGCCAAUCGCGAUGAAGCCGAGGACUGGGUCGACCGCAUUGUGGAGGCUGUCAACAAAUGCCGACCAGCAUCACGUGUUAACGAGCAGUGGGAGGUGCUGCAUUCGCUCAGUGAGAAUGGCUUGGAUGAGCGCCCCGUUUCAUCCGCAUCCUCUGCUCCCUCCAGUCCUGAGAUAUGUUCAUCAUCCUCUGAUUCAGCAACAAGUGGAGGACAGGAAGCAACUCCUCCACUGCUAGAAUAUAAUUGGACUCAAACGGCUGAUUUAGAAACAGAUGCUCUUAAAGAGGCUGUUUUAUACUUCUCCACAGAUCCUGAUGCCCGGGCUUGGGCACCUUUGGUCUUCUCCCUGUCUUUGGAAGCCUUGAAAGGCUUUUGGGUACAAGAGGGAAGGAAGUUAUUACGGCUAAACUACCCCAUUCAGGACAUCCGGGACGUGGUUCCUGAUGUCUCUCUGGGAGGACCGGCCUUUUUCAAACUCCUGACUUUGAAGGAGACGCUGAGACUCAGGGCAGAGAACCCAGAGGAAGCUCGCUCUUGGAGGAUUUUAAUCCGUGGAGCUCUGGACUCAUACCUGGAAAGUGGGGAGGAUGGGUUUGCAGAGGAGCCUGCUACAGUUUGGCGCACUGGGCUGACUGAAAAUUUGCACAGACUGGUGCAACACAGACUGAAAGAAGAUGGAGCACUUCUAGUUCAUCUUUGCACAGUUCCAUCAGAGAAAGGGCUGGAUUCUCAAAGCUUCAGAUGCGCAGACUGUCCCCAGCAGAUCGGCCCAUCUCUGGGCAGAGCCAGGUUAUGCGGGUUUUCAGGCCUGUACUACUGUGAGUCGUGCCACAACGGUGACACCACCAUCAUCCCAUCGCGCAUGGUACACAACUGGGAUCUCACGCAGCGAGAGGUGUCAAAGAGAGCUCUACGUCUACUGGUCAAAGUGGAGCAGGAGCCUCUGUUGAACCUGGAGCAGCUGAACCCUGAGCUGGUGAAACACACAGAGUCCAUGGCCCAGGCCCACAACCUGCGGCAGAGGCUCCAUCUGCUGGGUAACUACCUGCUCACCUGCCGCAGCGGAGCCUGUAAGAAACUCCAAGCCAGAAUGGGGCAGCGAACAUAUGUGUUGGAGUCAAGCCACCUGUACAGCGUCAUGGACCUACGUCAGAUAGCAGAGGGUGAAUAUGCAACCUUCCUUAUCAGACUGGUGCAGCGCGCCUCUGAUCAUGUGUUGCACUGUGACCUGUGUACUCAGCGUGGCUUCAUUUGCCAGAUCUGCCACUCUGAUGACAUCCUCUUCCCCUUUCAGUUUGACAGUACCACCAGGUGUAAAGAUUGCAAGGCUGUAUUCCACCAGGCCUGCAAGUCUGCUGAAAGCUCCUGUCCUCGCUGUCUGAGAAUGAAGAAGUACCUGGAGAGGGUUUUGCAGGACUGAGCACUGCAGCCCACUUAAGAUGUCGCCUCUUUUAUGAAGCUGGAUGACUUCUGGUGAAGAAAAAAGUAACACGAAUUCUUGCUUUUACAUAAAGUAACCUCAAGUGCAAUUAUGAUUAAGAUGGGCCUGCUCUUAAGUGACUUUUAAAAGGAAGAGACAGAGGUAAGCGCCUCAGUGUUCCAGUAGUUCCUUGCACUAAUUUAGAGGCAAACAUACUGACGAAGUGCAGCAAAAUGUUACUGACCAGUGAUUUUAAUACCUCUGUGACUUCUGGUUCAGCCAUGACAGAGCAGGGCAGAGGCUUGGCUGCUGACAUGCCUUGUAUUCAUCACAUUUUUACAAUAUUUUUUUAUUCAUCUUGUGUCAAAUACAACAUUCUUAACCAUUGCGUAUACCAGACAUUCUCCAUAUGUCUUGACACGAUAUUCAGCAGUGACGUUUGAACAUAAAAAUGAUUAAAACGGUUCUUUAAAUAAUAAGCAAAUUUUGAUUGUGCCUUCUUUUUAAUUUAAGCUUUACACUAUUUUUCAUGAUGUAUCACUAUUACUGGGCCAAAAUGCAUUGCAUAGCUGUUUAUUUUAAUUACACAUAACAAUCAAAUACAUGAUGCGUUAGAUAUUUGGAUGUAGUAUAAUUAUAAAACGUUGUGGAAUGUCCUUUUUUUAAAGCUAACAAACCAGCUCUGAAAUGUUUGAUUUGAGAGGUUCUGCUCUGUUUUCCUGAACUUGUAAAAAAAUGUUUAUGCUGCUUGUGUGGUGAGACACACUGACAUGAUUCAUAAAUUCACUUAAAGUAAUAAAUAAUACCAAAUGAGGCUAAAUCUUGUUGCAAAUUAUAAUUGUCGGGUAAAUUAUUGGAUUUCAGUGAAUCUGAAGUAAAGAUAUUUUUUGCUUAUUUGCACUUAACUACGACUGUUAAAUGGAUAUUUCGGCUAGAAUGACGCUGUGAUAUCUCCAUGCACAUGAAGUGAUCCCUAAACUAAUAAAUCCAACUGUGUUCCUGGUAUUUUUGUCUUGAAAUUUUGAAUUAACAAGUUUAGUGAGGAAAAUAAUCACAUUUAUUCUUAAAUGAAACUGCCAAGAAGAAAAAUCAUUAAACGUUUACUUGCCGAGGCCAAAUUGAUAUAUAUGCACAACAUAUCAUGCAAGAGGAACACUGAGUCCUGCAGUACUGUUAUUCCUGGUUUGUAUUUAUUUCAUGUCAUGUAUGAUGUAUAGAUGGACCAUACUGAAAUAAAUAUCAGCAUGUUGGA